AUGGGAGCUCUCAUGCAGCUCCCCGAUGAGGUCUUGCGCCUCAUCGUCCAGAAUUGCGACCAGCAUUCGCGUACCGUCCUGAGCGCAGCAACACACCGGCUCCAUCGUGUCUGCAUUGAGGAAAUAUACCAUACAGUUGACCUGAGCGUCCACAACUCCACCGAUCUCCCCCAUGUCGGCCCCGUCCACACCAUCGCCUGGCUGGAUUCGCGCCUCGAACUUCCGCUCGACUUCUCCGAUCGUCCAAGGGUCCCGCUCGACGAUGAGAUAUGGACUCGUCAGAAACUGUUGAUUCGCACAAUAAAAGCCCAUCCUGAAUAUGGCCAACACGUCCGUCAGCUGAAUUGGUCCGUACUCGAUCCUCCGCACGGCAGACGUACCAACAAUACAAGCUCCGAGGACGAUGAGCCGGACCAACCCACUUCAUCCGAGAGCUUCCCGGAGUCAGGAGCUGGCGAGAGCCUGCGGCUGUUGUUCGACAACAUUGGCGACGAUGGUAUUCUCUGGGACACGUUUCUGGCCUUCAAAAAAGUCACCUCGAUCGACAUUGCAUGGCUGAGGGACUUGCGUGAGACUUGUCCUCCGCCACCCCUGUUCACCACUGCCACUUGUGUCCGCCUCGUCGGACAGGCAUCCAGACUAUUCGUCUCCGCCAUCCUAGACCACAUUAAUCCGGAAAACCUAGUCUCCCUCUCCACCAUCAACCUCCAACAAUUCGCCGACCCCAUCCCUUUGACCCCAUCCCACAUGACCCUACGCGAAAUAACCUCGCACGUCCACCGCCACAUGACCGGCGUCGACGGCGCCACCUCCGCCUCCCUCGACAGCACCUACCCAGGCCCCAUGCAAAACCACCUCGUCACGCUCACCGGCCGCUGCCCACGCCUCGCCCACCUCGAGAUCCGCACGUACGCGCCAUGGGAGCGCCAGGAGCUCCUCUCCCCCGACGACGACCGGCGCUACGCCGAAUGGGCCGCCUUCCUCCGCUCGGUACGACCUUCACUCCGCACCUUCGUCUUCGAACAGCACCGCGCCGAGUCGUUGCGCUUCCGCCGCGCCAACCGCCCGCACCCGUUCGGCGCGCGGGGUCGCCCCGUUCUGUGGUCGCUGUUCGGCGCGCACAUCUUGCCGGUGCUGCUGGAGGACAAGGCGUGGCCGCGCCUCGAAAGGGUCGAGCUGGCGGGGUUUCAUGAGGUCACGCGGUGCUUUGCGUGUGUGAAUCCGCCGGAUUUCACGCAGUGGGAGGGCCCGCAUUUGUCGUAUGAGGUGCUGGAUGCGGGGAGCGGCGGCACGAACGAUAUGUGGGCGGUGAGGGAGACGCAUGUGGCGCUGAAUGAGGAGGAGAGGAGGGGGCUGAAGGAGAGGUUGGGUGAGGGUGUCGAGUUGACGAUAAGAGGCGCGUCGCGCAGGUUUGAGAAUUCGUGUAAGGGGGGCAUUCCGGGGUUUUUGGCGAGGAUGCGGAGGGGGGGCUGA